CCGCCUUCUCAUAGCCUCCGGGUUGGGCGAGCUUGGAUUCAUUUGCUACGUCAGUCCUGCAGAAUCCACCCGUGUUGCGCUGGUGUCCGCUGUGUCCACUUCUACCCUGCCCCCACCACAUCUGAGCCAUGACUCUUACCGCUGUACAGCCAAGGACCCCGCGACGAGUGUUCGUCGUGGGAGUUGGGAUGACCAAGUUCAUGAAACCUGGAGCUGAGAAUUCACGAGACUACCCUGACUUGGCAAAAGAAGCUGGUGAGAAGGCUUUAGCUGAUGCACAGAUCCCUUAUUCGAAAGUGGAACAGGCAUGUGUUGGCUAUGUUUAUGGUGACUCCACCUGUGGGCAGAGAGCCAUCUACCACAGUUUGGGACUGACCGGGAUUCCUAUAAUCAACGUUAACAAUAACUGUUCUACUGGUUCUACUGCUUUGUUUGUGGCCCAGCAGCUGAUUCAGGGUGUGGCAGAUUGUGUCUUGGCUCUUGGGUUUGAGGUGAUGAUGAAGGGAUCUCUUGCAGUGCAGUUCUUACAUAGGACCAAUCCAAUGGAUAAACAUAUCGAAGUCCUGAGCAAUAAAUGUGAGUUGUUUCCCCAAGCAAUUGUUCCUCAGUUAUUUGGGACUGCCGGAAGAGAGCACAUGGAAAAAUAUGGAACAAAAGUUGAACACUUUGCAAAAAUUGGAUUGAAAAAUCAUAAACAUUCGGUUAAUAACCCGUAUUCCCAGUUCCAAGAGGAAUACAGUUUAGAUGAAGUGAUGACAUCUAAAAAAGUUUUUGAUUUUCUUACUCUCUUACAAUGUUGUCCCACUUCAGAUGGUGCUGCAGCAGCAGUUUUAGCUAGUGAAGAAUUUGUAAAGAAGCAUAACCUUCAGUCCAAAGCUGUUGAAAUUUUGGCACAAGAGAUGGCGACUGAUUUGCCAAGCUCAUUUGAAGGAAAAAGCAUUAUUAAAUUGGUUGGCUUCGAUAUAAGUAAAGAAGCUGCCAGAAAGUGCUAUGAAAAAUCUGGCCUGACACCAGAUGAUGUUGAUGUAAUAGAACUUCACGAUUGUUUUUCUGUCAAUGAACUCCUUACUUAUGAAGCACUGGGACUCUGUCCAGAAGGACAAGGUGGAAAACUGGUUGAUAGAGGAGAUAAUACUUAUGGAGGAAAGUGGGUCAUUAAUCCCAGUGGUGGAUUAAUUUCAAAGGGACACCCACUGGGAGCUACAGGUCUGGCUCAGUGCGCUGAGCUCUGCUGGCAGCUGAGAGGGGAAGCCGGAAAAAGACAAGUUCCUGGUGCAAAGGUUGCUCUGCAGCAUAAUUUGGGCCUUGGAGGAGCUGUAGUUGUCACACUCUACAAGAUGGGUUUUCCCGAAGCUGUCAGUUCUUUUAGAACUCACCAAAUUCAGGCUGCUCCAACCAGCUCUGCAACGGAUGGAUUUAAGGCAAAUUUGGUCUUUAAGGAGAUUGAGAAAAAGCUUGAAGAGGAAGGGGAACAGUUUGUGAAGAAAAUCGGUGGUAUUUUUGCUUUCAAGGUGAAGGAUGGCCCUGAGGGUAAAGAAGCCACCUGGGUGGUAGAUGUGAAGAACGGCAAAGGAUCCGUGCUCCCUAACUCAGAUAAGAAGGCCGACUGCACAAUCACAAUGGCUGACUCGGACCUACUGGCUUUAAUGACUGGUAAAAUGAAUCCUCAGUCGGCCUUCUUUCAAGGCAAACUGAAAAUCACUGGCAACAUGGGUCUGGCUAUGAAGUUACAAAAUCUUCAGCUUCAGCCGAGCAAAGCUAAGCUGUGAAGAACUUCUUUGCCUACCUUUGAAAAUCAAGAUGAGACAUAUAGAUAUAUAUCCAUAUAUUUCCUUGUCAGAACUUAGACUGAAACCAUGCAUUGGCAAAUAGUACAAGAUGUGUUUUUAAAUGGGUGUGACCAAUCCUGUUUUUCCUAAGCUCUGGGUGAAUAGAGCCUGAUGGUAUACUACUGCUUUGCUGAAUUGCAUACAACUGUGCAUUACAAAGUUAAUAUGGUAAUUAUGGUUUGGGGCAAAAUUGAGUUUCAGAAUAAAAUUAGGAACAGCAAAAUCGAAAAACUAUGUAAACAAAAGCUCUCAUUUUGCUUAUAAAGUAUAUUUAAGGAUUAUUCUGCUGAAGAUUCAAUUUAAGUUUUCCUUGGGAGAACUAGAGAAAAAACAAAAUACCAGUAGCUGGCCAGUAAUUAGUGUUAUGCACUCAAUCUAUUUUCCAUUAAUAGUUUUUAAAAUUCUGUACUGGGAUUUUAAAAAAUUAAAAUUUUGCAUUUUGCGUCAUCCGAGUGGUAUUUUAUUCCCAAAUGUAAAUAAAAGAAAUAUCACAGCUUGGGGGGGAAAUUUGUAGCAGCACACAGGCCUAUUUUUAAAGUAAAAAUAUUUUUAAGUGGGUUUCUUUCUUGAAAAAUCAUUGAAUAAAAUUUGCUUUGAGAUGCACAGUUUUAAAAUUAUCUCAUUAACUCGUUUCUAAAGCCCUCAAUCCUUUGUUAUAAUUUUUAGUUUCAUAUGUUUACUUUAAUUAUUCACAUUUAUCUUCCUAGUUAUUUCUUAUAACUCAUUAAGAUAUUGGAUAAAAUAAUGCUUUUGGAAGAAUGUUUAACAGAAAAUUAAAAUAGCUCUUCCUGA